AUGGCUCAGAAGGCUUUGUUCGCUGUUGUGUUUGGUGCUGUGUCCGCCGCGGCGCACGGCUUUGUUGAAACGAUCACCGUCAAUGGCAAGACAUACGAUAACUACAACCCGUCUACUUUCCCCUACAACCCCUCGCCUCCAAUCGUUCCCGGAUGGACCGCGGACUUCCCUGAUCUUGGCUUCGUUGAGCCUGCGGCCACCGGAGAUCCAGACAUCAUCUGCCACCGAUCUGCUACCAACGGAGGCUCGCACAUUCCUCUAGCAGCUGGGGAUACCCUGACCCUGAAAUGGUCUCCCUGGCCUGAGUCGCACAAGGGACCCAUCAUAGACUACCUUGCCAACUGCAACGGUGACUGCACGACCGUUGACAAGACAGCGCUCCGCUUCUUCAAGAUUGCCGAGCAAGGUCUCCUGGACGCCGCCAACUCAAACUGGGCUGCUGACGAACUCAUCGCUGCCGGUGAGGUCUGGGAGGUCACGAUCCCGACCGACAUCGCCGCCGGCAGCUACGUUCUCCGUCAUGAAAUCAUCGCCCUGCACUCAGGAGGACAGCCGAACGGUGCCCAGUUCUACCCGCAGUGCAUCAAUCUUGAGAUUUCCGGUGGCGGCUCGGCAAGUCCCAGUGGCGUCGCGGGUACGAGCCUCUACACGGAGACGGAUCCUGGUGUGCUCUUCAACAUCUACACUGCGACUGAGUACCCCAUCCCUGGACCGCCUCUAUACAACACGGCCAAGAAGGCUCGCCGCCAUGCCAAGGAUGUGCGAGCAUGCUAG